GUUUCUCUCCCUUGGGUCUUAUGGUAGGUUAACACCAACAGUGCCACCCGAAGAUACAAUCACUAACCAACUCCGUCGUACUCAGUAGUGAGAACAAUGAAUCAAGAGGCUGGCGGUCGCAAUCGAAAGCGUAAGAGGAGAAACAACCACCGGAAAACUGAAACCCCCUCAAAAAAGCAGACAGCCACCGCCACCGCCGCUGCCAGUUCGAGUGUCAAACAACCGCCUCCAACCUGCACUGUAGCUAAAACUUUACCGAAACCAUUAUCUUUUCUGGAAAAGAUGAAAGCUAAAUUAGCAGGAGGCCAUUUUCGUAUGAUUAAUGAGAAGCUUUAUACCUGCUCUGGAGAUGAAGCCCUCAACUACUUUAAAGAAGACCCUUCAUUGUUUAACAUGUAUCAUACAGGAUAUCAAGAACAAAUGUCACGUUGGCCUGAACAGCCAGUUAAUAUCAUCAUGAAGUGGCUAAAGGAUCACCCCUCUUCCUUAGUUGUCGCUGAUUUUGGCUGUGGGGAUGCUCGUCUUGCAAAAGGUGUAAAGAAUAAGGUCUUUUCAAUAGACCUUGUCUCAAAGGAUCCUUCAGUGAUCGCUUGUGACAUGUCCAAUACACCCCUUGAGACUUCAUCAGUGGAUGUUGCUGUUUUCUGCCUUUCACUAAUGGGAACCAAUUUCCCAAAUUAUCUUCAAGAAGCACACAGAGUACUUAAACCAAGUGGUUGGCUUUUGAUAGCAGAGGUGAAGAGUAGAUUUGAUCCAAACAACGGAGGAGCCGACCCGGAUACGUUUUGUGAAGCGGUGUGUGAACUAGGGUUUACUUCUGUAUCAAAGGAUUUCUCAAAUAAAAUGUUCAUACUUUUAUACUUCAAGAAAAAGCCAAAGAACAAGGUGAGCAAGGGGAUUAAUUGGCCUGAACUGAAGCCAUGCUUGUACAAGCGUCGCUGACCUUGCUACAAAAUCCUUUGACCGAGGGAUUUAAACAUAUGGGAUUUUGUUCUUAGUAUUUCCUCCUUGUUAAAAUAUAUAUACUCGAAUCCUAUUUUAAUCUUAGAAUUUCACAAGUAUUUGUCU